GACAAAAAAGAAAGAGAAAGUUAGUUUUAGCAUAAUUGGAUUUAAGAAAUAUAUAACAAGAUGAAUGGGAAUAGAAACAAUUCCAGACAUUUAAAAACGUAUAAAGUACAACAUUUGAGAACAUUUGAAGUUACUCCUAAAAAUGUAUUACCAAAUACACAAACUGCUGUUGAACUACUGAUGCAAGGGUGUUACACAUAUGUACGCAGUUUUAAUAUGUCAAUCGAUGAUAAUAAUGGUGAACCAUAUCUCAUUCUAAGUGAUCCACGUAAUGGAAAUGCUGAAGUUGAACGUUUCCGGAUUGGUCGUAUACUUUAUCCUCGGUAUCGAAUAACUCCUCCAGAUGUGUGUCCAGUAAACAAUCUACUCACAUUCACUAUCAAAGCUGGUUCAAUGGAUGAUGGACGUCCAAGACGCAAUGAAAUACAUUUAUUUCAAGUUUUAACUUGUCCUGCUCAAACAAUUGUCAAUGUUUUACUGAGAGCUGGAGCUCUAGACAAUGAUUCAUAUGAUCAAGACAUAAAUGACUCCAUGCUAAUCUCCAGGGCUCCAUCUGAACCAAAUCUAAGGAUACCAUUACAAACAAGUUCAAGUGGAAUUCAACUUCCACCAACGAUUACCAAAGAGGAUAGUGUAUAUAGUGAAUCACAAAUCAAUCGUGAGUGGAUUGACUUAGAGGUUGCACUGCUUAAUCACUGCUUUGAUGAUAUUGAAUCAAAUUACAAAAUUUUGAAAAGCAGAACAAGUCGACAGUUCUCUAAAUCAGCACCAUCUGUUGCUACAUCGAGUAAAUCAAAAAGUCGAGUUUCAAGUAUUAGCGCAAAUCAAAAUUCGACUUUGGUCAGUGAGUUAGAUGAACCUGUGAAAAAAUGUGCUGUUGAUUUCUUUGAAAAACUCAAAUUUGCAUGCAUUCUAUUGGCGAGACUUCAAGACUAUCUUGUAGAUCCGAAUUCUGCUCACUUGGCUAGACAACUAUUUGAAUUUUUAAAAUAUGGAGUUGAUGCUACACGAAACCCUAAAACAAACAGAUCAAGCAUUGCUCAAUCAACUAUUUAUCCACUAUUACCAGAUUAUGUUGUGCUUUUUAUUCAAUCGAACUUGACAAAUGAAUAUGAAAGACUAUGGCGUAAUCUCGGAGAUGCAUGGAAUGUACCAAGGAAGGAAUCUCCUUACGAAGAUCGCGUUUAUAUACCCAACUUUGAGAACAGAUUCACGGUAAUUCCACAUGAAUACGAACCAUCAUUGUUUAACUACAACUCUCCACAUGUGAUUGAUAGACAAGAGACUAGAUAUAUGCUCCCACCAGGCAGUAAUUUUAAUGUGAAUCAAUCUUCUAGAACACCACAUGACAAAACCAAACUUGUUCAAGUUAUUGAGUCGUUUGAAGCAAGCUCUGAAAGAGAAUUAACAGUAGAAAAUGGUGAAUGGGUAAAAAUUUUAGAAAAGAAUGGGAAAUGGUAUAAAGUUCAGAAUAAGUUUGAUGAAGAAGGUUAUUGUCCAGGGUCAAUACUGAAAAUUCCAGGAACUAUGUGAUAUUUUCAAAUAUAUGAAUUCGUUGAAGACAUUCAAAGAACUCUAAAGAAAUUAUUCAGUUUUAAUCAAAAUACUUUCAUUUCAUUCAUCUCUUGAGUAAAGAUCAUUGUAAUUCUUCUUCCUACUACACAACUCUUUGUUCAGAAGUUUACGAGACCUUUUUCCAUUUGUUCGUUUUUGGUAAAAUAUUUAGUUAGAAAUAAAAUCAUAACCAUAAGGUAA